AUGGCAAAUACUGAGCGUCCCGUUGAGCUCUAUGUCUAUGAUCUAUCUCAAGGGAUGGCUAGACAGUUCUCUCUCGGACUCCUGGGAACUUUCAUAGAUGCCAUUUACCACACCAGCAUAGUCCUCGGGGGUCGUGAGUACUAUUAUGGCCAGGGAAUUCAGUUUUCGAUUCCCGGGAGGACUCAUCACGGAAACCCCAUGGAGAAGAUUCAUCUCGGUGUAACUUCUCUCAACGAUGAGAUCUUCCUCGAAUACCUCGAUUCUCUCAAACCAAUAUACAGUCCUGAGGCUUACGACCUUUUCCAACACAACUGCAACAACUUUACAAAUGACGUUGCACAAUUUCUCUGCGGCCGUGGCAUUCCCGACCACAUCGUCUCACUUCCGCAGACUGUACUAAAUACACCUUUCGGUCAAAUGCUAAAGCCGCAGUUAGAACAAGCCAUGCGCCCAAUUACAACUGCGCCAACCCCACAUGCGGCUUAUACUCAAGCAUCAAGAGAUGCAGGUCAGCGCCCAGGAGCCUCUAAAGUUAUUACUGCAAAUUCACUUGCAGCGUUGGAGAAGGCUUUAUCGUCCGCGGAAGCUUCGUGUGCCGUGGUAUUCUUCACAUCUUCUACAUGUGGACCGUGUAGAAGUAUAUAUCCGCGCUAUGAAGAAUUGGCCGCCGAUGCGGGGAGUAGAGCGAAGCUCAUCAAGUGUGAUAUUGGAGCUGCGCCUGAUGCAGCAUUGAGAUAUGAAAUUAAUAGCACCCCAACAUUUGUGACCUUCCUAAAGGGUGAGAAAGUCGAGGAGUGGGUAGGCGCAAGCGAAAGGGAUUUGCAGCAACGUGUGGACACUCUCUUGAGAAUGGCUUAUCCUCCCCACCCGCACACGGAUAUCAAGCUUCCCAUUACCUUAAGCACUCCCAUGAAGCCGAUAACAUUCACCAAGGUCCCCCCCCUCGGCAAAGUCACCGAAAAGCUCGGGGAUACUGGCAAAACCCCCAUUAUACAAUCUAUCUGCGACUUUAUCGCAACUCGGAACAACAGCGGCGCCAUUGAAGCUCAUCUUCCAAAUCUUUCAAACGUCGCAGCCCUCCUCCGCGAAUCCUUCGAAGGACUUCCCGCGGAUAAAUUAUUCCCUCUUAUUGAUCUUUUCCGUAUUGUUCUUUCAGACGUGCGAGUUUCUGGUUGGUUUGCUGAGGAAAAGGACACAACUACCAUCAAAACUAUGCUGUCCUAUGCCAAAACCCAAGAUAUUCCCUAUUCUCUGCGCCUAGUCACUCUUCAAGCCUCCUGUAAUCUUUUUAGCUCUCCAUUAUUCGCUGCACACCUCACCUCGCCCGCUCUCUUGUCAGACCUCGUAAAUUUGAUCACCACCUCCCUUCUCGAUCGCACCCAUACUCCAUGCCGUGUCGCCGCUUCCUCGCUCGUAUUCAACUUGGCCACAUACGCGCAGAAGCAGCGCUCACUGUACAACGAGGAAGUCCUCGGCGGAGUAAGCGUAGAUAUCCUAGCCAGCGUAGUCGAAGCCCUCAAAGCGGAGGAGGACAGUAAAGAGGUAGUCAAGGGCCUCGUGCUAAGUCUCGCACUCAUGUGCUACUGCGUCCCGCUUGACGGGGAGGUAAAAGACUUCUUGGAGGCUCUCGAGGCGGGUGCUAUCGUCAGGUCAAAGUGCGGAGGAGCGGGCUUGGGUGAGAAGGGGCUUUGCGAGGAGGUUGCUCGCCUUUUGGAGGCUUAG